CUCGCUGUUCAGUGCUCUCGCGAUUGCCGUACGUUUGUGUUCGUAGUGUGUCGCGCUCGCGCGCGAGUCCCGACGAAAUAUCGACAGAUAACCAUCGCACGCUCAGUGUGUCGGACGAUAUUGCAUAUUUUACCAUUAUUAUUAUAGUCGUCGCUAUCAUUAUUAUUGACCGAAACAAUCGAUUAAUAUUGCUAUUACCGUUUGCCGCCGACCGAUUGCGUCGCAUAUUAUUUUCCAUCGCGUAUUCGCGUGAAAGUUUGUCCCGUAGUCGCGGUCGUCGGCCUACGACGGCCCCCGAACAAAGUAGUGGCGCAUCGUGCGACCCGCCAACGUCGCAAUGGAAAACAAAAAACCCAAAGAGAAACGAAGAAAUUCCGAGAGACGAAAAGAAAAAUCAAGAGAUGCAGCUCGAUCUAGACGUAGUAAAGAAACCGAGAUAUUUACUGAUCUCGGAUCAGCAUUACCUUUACCAGCAUCAGUUAUUAGUCAGUUAGAUAAAGCGACUGUUAUGCGAUUGACUAUUGCAUCUUUCAAAAUUAUGGACGCUUUAUCAUCAACAAAUAUUGAUGUAAAAUCCGAUGAGAAAGAUUGCCCUCCAAACAUGAGUGGGAUAUGCAACAAAGCAUUGGAUGGCAUUGUCUUAAUUACUUCGGCAGAUGGAGAUAUAAUAUUCAUAUCGGAAAAUAUUUCCAACUAUUUAGGCUUAUCACAGAUUGAUUUGAUCGGACAGUCAAUUUAUGAGUUCGCCCAUCUUUGUGACCAAGCCGAAUUGAAAGCCAUUUUAACCAGCAAAGACAUAGGUGAACAAAAGUCGUUUUUUGUUCGAAUGAAAUGCACUCUGACAAAUAAAGGGCGCAAUGUUAAUUUGAAAUCAGCGUCAUAUAAGGUGCUGCAUUUUACAGGACAUUCAGUUAUCAACACAUGUGCCAAAAUAAAAUCAUCAGUUUUAUCAGAUAGAGAAUCUGAUUCAGACUAUGAAUCAGAUAAAAAAACAGAUUCUGAUAGUAAAUCUAAUAAUAGUGAUUUAAAGUUUGAAAAUACUUCCGAUUCUCCAACUCAUAUAUUUGUGUCAAUUGCUGAACCAAUACCACAUCCUGCAAAUAUUGAGAUACCAUUGUAUAAACAGAGCAAGAUAUUUUUUAGCAAGCAUUCAUUGGAUAUGAAAUAUAUAAUUGCCGAUGAAGUUUUAACAAACUAUGUGGGUUAUGAACCAGAUUCACUAGUUGCAAAGUCUGUGUUUGAUUAUUACCAUGCUCAAGAUUGUAAUUCAGUUGAAAAAAGUUUUAAAAUAUUAUUCGAGAAAGGACAAGUAGAGACAAACAAGUAUAGAUUUUUGGCAAAAGGAGGUGGUUAUGUUUGGAUAAUUACCCAAGCUACCAUACUUAAUGACCACAAGGGUCUCAAACCUGAGAGCAUUAUGUGUAUUAAUUACGUAAUCAGUGGUGUGGAACACGGUGACGAGAUAUAUUCACUUUGCCAGUUGUCACCAGUCGUCAGUAAGCUCGCCGUCGAGGACAAACCGUCGUCACUUCCACCGUCUCCGCAGCAACAACAGAAACAGCAACCAGCUGUCGUCAAGAGACCGUCGUCCACGGAAAAAGUGUUCAAGCCCAAGUGCCUGGUGGACUCGGCAACGUUCUUGUUACCGGCCGGAAAUGGGCCAGUUUAUUUGGAUGUGAACAGCGACGGGAAACCGAGAACCGCACCGCAGCCAACCACGUCGACGGCCAGCGUCAUCAAGAAGAAGCCCAAACCGUGUUCGGAAAGCCCGAAAGCCACCACAGCCAAAAUUUUCGCCCCACGGACCGAAGACAUGAACAAAGGGUUCCUGACGUUUUCGGACGACGACACGGGACUGACUAUGCUCAAAGACGAACCGGAAGACUUGACUCACUUGGCCCCAACGGCCGGUGACGUGUGCGUGCCGCUGGACACUUGUGGUCUCGGGCACCUGGGUCUGUUCAUGUCCGAUGUGCUCGACGACCUCAUACUCACCGACUGUUCGUUGGCGCCGUUCGACUCUAUGCCAGCACCGCCAUCGUUGCAAGACGCGUACUCUUCAGCCUCCCGGUCUUCACCGUCGAUGCACCACCUACACCACCAUCACCUCCACCACGGCAGCGACGACCUGUCGCAGCACGCCGUUGCCGACAUGUGCGACCCUACCAUGUCCUCGCUGCUGGGUAUGGACUUGGACAACAGCCCCAACGACUUGGAUCUGGACCUGUCGCUCAAAAACCAGUUCAUACCCCUGUAUGAGGACGACCUAUACCCACUGUUGUCGGACGACCUGCUGUGGGGAAGCGGCGAUAGGUCGCCGUCACCCAAACCACCAUCUGCCGUGACCAACCACCAAGACACCAGCAACAACAAUAAUUGGCAUUUGCCGUCGACGGAAGACAUCGUCGGGCAAGACGUAAUCGACAGUGACGCGCCGCCGUCUCCGAGUCUAGCCAAGUUACUGCAGAAGACCGACACGGAUGCGCUGCCUUGCAGACAGCAGCAUUUCGACAGCGGUGGUGGCCUCCUGCACUUGGACGGCGGCGACUCGUGGGGAUCGAUCAGCAAAAUGUUGCACCAGCGGUACAACUCGGGUGGUUCUCCCCCGGCCGAACCAACCGCUCUGGCAGAUCACCGUCACAACCAUAACAACUCUAUGCGACUACAACAACAACAACAAUCAGACUGCAACGUGUCGACGGCGGGAGUUGCUCGAACCAACGGCGUCGGUGUCAAACGAACCGGGCCUAACGCCACCGCCGCCACGGCGCCGUCGUCGUGGAAACGGUGCCGGCAAGAAGAGACGGCCAAACAGGGCGCAUCCAAUAGCGUGCUGAUGAACUUGUUGGUCAGCGGUUGCGACGACGACGCUGGAAAAUCGAUGGAUGGCAAGAACUCGAUUGUGAAAGAUGAUUCACAGCCUAGGCACCGAUCAAGGCUAAAGGCGAUUUCGUGUCUGUUGGACCCGUUCAGCACGGCCAUACCGUCGCUGAUGGACCUGACCGAGCACGACUACGACGUUAAUGCGCCGGCGGGCGGAGCGCUGCUCCAGGGAUCGGAACUCCUGAAGGCCCUGGAAAUCGGAGGAGGAGGAGGUGGUGGUAACAUGGCCGCGGCAUAGAUUCUGGAAGAUUAGGAGCAGGAGUAAGAGCAGUAGAAAAAUAUAAACGAGUUUUCCGAGCUGUAAUCGAUAUACAAUCUGCGUAUAUCACACAUACGUAUAUUAUUUAGUACCAAUCAUAUCCGUACACAAAACUCAAAUGUCAUACUACCAUUCUGCUAUCCAUUAAUUUUAUAAUAUUAUCAUGAUAAUAUUUCACUCUAUGUCAUUUUAAUUUUUGUUGUUUUUUUAAUUUUUAAUCGCUCGUCAACAAUAAUAUAAAUAAUAAUAAUAAUUUAAUUGUUUUGUACAACGGUUGUGCGCAGGAUAGAGCAGAGGAGGACAAUCUGUUCGAAGUCUUAUCUCAUGAUAACUACAAAUACACAUCGUAGCGUGGCUCAGGGCUUGAACUCAUUAGAGUCCGAUUCCUUUCGAAAAACCGUCGCGAUGAACGAAUUACGUCAAUUAUUAUUUUUGUCUUUAUCUGUUGUCCUGCCCGACAUAAAUCGCGCAUAUAAUAUAACUGUUCGCCGUUAUUGUUGUAAUUAUGCUCCCCCGUACAAAAAAAAUAAAUGUAUGCCCUCGAAAUGUACGUCCCUCAUCUCUGCUCCGAGUCUUCUUAUUCACAUAACAUAAAAACUAUAUAUUAUGAUAUCAUAUUCUUACACAUUAAUCUCUUCCAAUAUUUUGUUUGCGUUUACCAUCGCUUGCUGUGUACCACUUAGUUUUUAACUUAUUGAUUUUUUUUUCGAUUUUAUGUUUAGCGAAAAAUAUUACGCACUGCCCACGAAUAGCGCUGGUUUCGGGAUAAUGUGCUCAACCCCGCGAAAACGAUUUUUAUUUGGUUAUCAUUAUAUUAUAUGUACUGCAUUUUCCCAGAGAGUAUACCGAUAUCAUUACUAUUAUAAUUAUUACUAUUUUUAUUUUUCUACUAUUAUUAUUAUCGUUGUCAAUGAGAAACUUCUUACAACUGAUCUUUAUUAAUAUUAAGUUUAAAAUUAACAUUUUUUUUCUACGCCAAAAGUAAACUUCAUAAUCUCUUUUUCGGCUACCGAAAUUAACUUAUAAUAUGUACCUAAUAACCUUUAUAUAUUGUGUAAUUUUAAUGUUUUAAUUUUGUAAUGGAGGGGACGCAUGAUGCAAGAGUGUAGUAAAACAAUUUAAGAGCUGUUACCCAUAGGUACGUAAACAAUUAAGUAAUAAUAAUAAAAAUAAAAAAAAUAUAGAAUUUAAAGUUACUGUAAUGUUCUGUAAAUGUUAUUCUCAUGUGGUGUGUGAUCGUUGAGCGCAUAGUACCUAUACGCUAUAAUAUAACUGCUCUUAAAUUGUUUAUACUCGCAGCUAAAGGAUUUAAUUUAUAGUGAACGGUGAUGGUUUUGUGUAAUACACGUCCGAAUGCUCAAAUAUUAUUUUGUAUAAUUCUUUUUAAGAUGGAAAAAUUAUAUUUAGUGAUAUUUAUUAAGAGACAUUUACGUGAGUAUAAGCGUUUAAGAUAUUUUUCGAUACAUUUCUUUAUUUUGUUAACUUUUUUUUGUUUUUGAUUUGAUUUUUUUUUUCAAAGUAGUUAUUUUAGUUAAGCAGUUGGCAUWGUUUGCUAUAAAUUAAUAUAAUAUAUAUAGGUAUAUAUAUAUAAUAUUAUACAAAUA